UUGGCGCAUGCGGCAGGAACUGAUACGGAACUGACUGAAAACCUAGCGUCCGAUCCUGCAUAACGUCGCUUUUUAAUUCCUUCCAAGCCAGAUGGCUAGGAUUGGCGAGGGGCAGGAAAUUCCCAGCAAUGAAUUUAAAAAGGCCAUCUACGCCAUCAGAGGGAAUAAUCGCCAGACGAAAGGAAUGGCAUGUGCGGUUGCUAUUGAAGGACAAAACGAAGGCUCUGUUCUGUUAGUCACUGACACUUGGAAAGGCCCAAAAACGAACACGGGGUGUCGAUUGCACCGCUAUUCAAGGAUAGCGCAACACUUCAAAGACUAUCAACUCAAACCUGUAAGCAUCAGUCAACGUGGGGACUUUUCGCUAGUUAUGUGUGAUGGGAAAGACAGCAGCUUUGAGAUAAAGAGUCUCCAUAAAAAGUGUUUGAGUGGUCAGCAACUCGAGAGGGACUUCCGGGUUUACACGAUUUAUCGAGAUAAAUGUAUAGAUCUGGAAUUAAAAUACAAUAAUGGUGGUUACAAUCUUAUUGACAAUGACUUACCUGAUCUCACAUUAUGCGGAUCCCCCAUCAUUGAUGGAGAUAACUUUGAAAAAUAUCUUGUGGGAAUUUUGACAACCAACGAUGAGGGCAAAGCUAUUCCUUGUUUCCUGUCUAAUGGGAUAUUAGGUGAGUAAUGGAGAUAAGGAUGAUUGACAUAUAUAUACCAUGUUUUACUUGAUUAAAUGCUACCCUCAAAUAAACGCUGGUUUUGAUUAAACGCUGAGAUUAAAACAAAAUUACAAAUAAAACUCCUCCCUUCGAAUAAAUGCCGCACCCAAUCAGAAGAAUACAGCAUUAGUGGGAGGAUUUAUAAUAGACUGCAAGGAGUGCAAUUCGGUGUGAAAUCAUACGAGUGAUUAACAAAAUUGGACAACUGCGUAGCAGGAGUCCAUUUUGUUAAUCAUGAGUAAGAUUUCAGAAUGAAUGGAUGACACAAAGUUCUAUAUAUAUUACCAAUUAAUCCAAAGUAUAACAAAAUUUGUGAUAUUUUAGGCUUUUUGCUAAUCAAAACACCAGAAAUUUUGAGAAUUUUUUGUUAGCAGUGAAAAAAAGCCAUUUAAGUGUGUGUGUGUGUAAUGGGCUGUACUGUCCAUUACCUAGACAUGACAUGUACUGUCAUAUUACACUGUCCUAUUUGUGCUGAAAUUAGGACAGUUGAUAGCCAAUCAGGUUUGAGAAGUUUGUUAUACAGAGUUAUGAUAAUAAGAAAAAUGCAAUACAACUUGCCGAGGGUAAUCUACACAGUCCAGAUAAUUACAAUUCCAUCUCAGCACAAAAGGCAAGAGCAAGACAUGUAGGAACUUAAAUUGCCUGAGUAUCAGGCAUUUCUGGAGGAAAAGGGGAAAGGUGGAAGUGAAAAAGGGAGAGAGCUGAAGGAGAGAAACACCUGACACAGAUGCUUUUACUUCAAUAUCAUCCGAUCAAAAUCACUUCCAGUCAUUGGGUUGUCAGCUUCACAUGUCAAAAAGCUCGCCUAAUAUAAAUCUCACCUUACAGUUUGGCCGAGCUCCAGUGCUUGCGUUGCUAUGAUUUCGCUUUCAAGUUUCUGAAACCUCCAAUGAGGAGUUUUCGAAUACUUGUAAUGAAAAACCUGCCGUUUUUGAGGAAUAACAUGUUUUAGGAAUUGUGCUAGUGUAAGAUCGCCAACGCUCUGUUUGUGAAAAAACGUGUGCUCGGAAAAUUGUAAAUUGCUUUUGUUUACAGAGUUACAACAGGCACUCAUUCCUGAGAGUCUAGCAGCUAAAAAGCUGGUGUAGAUCAGGCCGAGAAUCAUGCGAGGGAAAAUCUCUUUUUUUUCCUUUAGGUUUUGUUGGUUAUCCCUCAUAUUCUUAGGUGGUUGAAAGGAGCUGCAAGAAUAAAUAGGAUGGUGCGAUGGUGAAACACCUAUCCUAGAAAAUAACCAAGCAGCAGCAAAUUCCACCUCUUCACAGAGAGCUCCUGAAAGCUGUAACAAGUUCAGUUAAAAAAAAAGUGAGAGCGUAUAGCCAAGGUCAAUCCGGUUGGCGAAAUAUGAUGGCGCUCGCUUGAGCUUAAGAUAUUUCAAAAGUGAAAAAAAAUUUGGAAGAGGAAGCGAACAAAUUCCAAUCACAUACGCUAUCGUAUUCCAGCACAAGCAAAGUCAAGCUAAAGCCUUAAUUGGCGCUGUAGGCUAUUCUCAGUACAUGGCUACCUCGCUGUCGCUCUAAUUUUAUUUACAGUAACAAUACCCUUUUAAUGGCAGGAUGUUGUAAAUCAGAACUUAGAUAUCUGAAGCACUGAUAUCGUCUUUUUUGUCCCAGUCUCGUGAAACCAACAAUCGGACAUAGUGUCAGCAGAAGCUGGUAUAUGAGGCUUUUCCAUACUCCGAGGACAUCUUUUCUUUUAACUACGAGGCUUUGAAAACACAAUUCUUGCUUUUUUUUAUUUUAGGAAAGAACUUCAGAGCGCCCUCUAGAGCCUUUUUGAAUUUCUCUCUGUGUCUCUGUCCAUAAGAGUACCACAUGAAAUCAAAACAUCGAUGAAAAAUUUCAAUGGCUUCUCCUUGCUGAUCACUCUGCUCGUAUUUGCUUGUGGUCGGUGACAUCAGGGAGUAUUGUGUGUUAUCCAAUCACUACCACAUCCAGAUUUUGGAUGUGUCACACGAUUUGCUGAAUGGUUUUGUGUCAGGCCUUCCUUUAUCUUCUCCCCCUCCCCCCUACCCCAUCUAAAAUCUCCUCUCCCCUAGCCCCUCAGGAAGGCCUGAUAUUCAGGCUAGAACUUAAAACAUCUUUCUGUUUUACAUACAUAAUUCAAAAAAUGGUUUAUCGUAAUUUCUGUAUUCAAAAUAAAAUAAAUUAGGGUCAUUGGGAAAGGUCUCCAAUCUUAAAUUAAAUAGGGUAGCAAAAUGAAUGGACUUUUUUCUCAGAGGAACAGAAUUUGAAUUAAUUCAAAUCAUAGAUGGUGAACUCCUACCUAAAAUGACUUUUUACAAAUUUUCUUUGAAUAAACGGGUGAAUCAGACAGGUUUGAUUUUAUUUUCUUCUCAUUAAUUAUUUUGCAAUCACUUACUCUAGUAUUGGCAUUUCGGGUUGUCGCUUAUGGGAGCCUAAUUAAACUGUAGUAUUUUAGUCAAAUCCAACUAGUGGUCCAUCAUCAAUGCUGCAUUCUGAUUGGUUGAGCAAAUAUUAGGCUAUACGUUAUAGCCCACUAGUAGCGAAAGGCGUGGGCUUUUUAGCUUCAAAAAAUGAUUAAAGUCUAGCUUUAACUAGCUAAAGUUUUUUUUAUUCUCGAUAUUUUUGACCAACUAGUUGGAUUUUUACUAAAACAAUAAUUAUUAUUCCUCUCACCCUCAUGCCUUGGGCCUCAUGGGCUAUUGACUCAGAGCCCAUUCAGACUCAAGGAAUAAUAUUAAAUAGCUAUUCAACUUUAUUAUUCAUCAUAUACCCUACAUGUAUUUACUUCUUAUAGAACAGCCUGCAUUCACCACACAUCCUGAAGAUCGUCAGACACGGAGGGAAGGGGAAAAUAUAACCUUCGCAAGUGAUGCAAAUGGCAUUCCUGAACCAAAAUUUACUUGGACCAAAAAUGAAUCUGCUGUAAUUGUCAAUGAUAGAAUCAGUUUAUUAGCAGCUAACAAACAACUGAACAUUACAAAUGUGAAUACGAGAGACAGUGGAAAAUACAGAUGUGUAGCUACCAACCGUUUUGGCACAGUUUACUCUGAUGCUGCUACGUUAACAGUACAUUGUAAGAAAACCUUUCUCACUUUUUACUUAAAACCAAUUGAAAAAUCCUGUAGCACUAAGUAAACAUUCUUUUACAUUCCUUCCAUUGCUCCUUUCCUGGAUUAUCUCUCAGUCAGUCACUCCAUAUGAGCACUGCCUUUGAAAAAGGGGCUUGUCAGGUGCCCCUCUAACUUGAUUACCUUUCACUAUUCUUUUAUUCAGAAUCAAAAAAGUUGUAUGUGUGAAUUUUUGGUUAAUUAAGGGGACCCUGUCUAUUUCCUUAUUCAUUUUAAUAUCUUUAUAUGAGAAGUGUCUGCACUUAUGAUUAGGGUUGUGAGAAAGUUUUGAUGUAGACGGCUGAGUUGUCAGAGUAAGUGACCAGUCCAGCAGGGAUAUUUUAUUUAAAAAAAGUGAACUGUAAAGAAAUGCCAAGCAGAGUAGCCUGCUGAACUAACCAGGUAGGCAGCUAUUUUCCCUGGCAGCCAGCUACUUUUGACAACCCUGUAUGUUACUCAAGUAAACCAGUUUCUUGUGGUCUUGGACUAGUCUCCAGAGUACUGCUAAGGUAAACACUGAUACUGUCAAUCAAUACAUUGACUGUGAUUAUCGAACAAUUAUCAGUAUCACAUUUACCUUUAAAGGACUUUGUUUCCUUUGUCAACACGUAAAGCAAUUUCUGUAAUCUUAGUUUUGUUUUGUGACUGUGUCUAGUUUUAAGAUCAUUGAAGUACAUCAUUAACUUCGGUCCUAAGUUUUUUUUGUAAAGUAGAUAUUAAACUGAAAAUGUACUUCAUUCUGAUUAAGAGGGUGCAUUUAUUCAUUAAUUUCUUAUCACAGAUAAGCCUAAAUUCACUGAACACCCAGAGAGUCAGACGAGGAGGGAAGGAUCAUCUGUAGACUUUUUAAGUGAUGCACAUGGUGUUCCGGAACCAAAAUUCUCUUGGAUCAAAGAUGAAACUGCUUUAGUAAAAGAAAGUAACAGAAUCAGUUUCUUACAAGAUAAGAAACAACUGAGGAUAACAGGUGUGAAAAAGGAAGACGGUGGAAAAUACCGAUGUGUGGCUUCCAAUAAAGUGAAUGAUGACGUUAAAUCCAAUCCUGCUACCUUAAAAGUGGAAGGUAAAAAUACUUUUGCUUACUUCAUGCUUGAGCCCAGUAGCUCAUAUAUACUUCAAGUGCGCAUUAUUUUGACAUGGAUUCUAUCUUGUAUGUGGUAAAUAAUCUGUAAUGCAGUUGACAUAGAAACAAAAAAAGGUGGGCAGUUACAGCCAGUAAAAUGUUGAAAAACAAAUAGUUCAAUGUGAAAGUAUUUCCAAAGAGGCAUUUGAACAGUCGGCACACCAUAGGAUUUCAUCCAUUGACUGCAAAGUUAGAACCGCCUUGAGAGAUUCUAUCAAUUUACCCUGUGAAUGGCAGGUGUUUAUAGUAAUAAUUAAGGGCUUGGACAAGAACUAUGCUUAUAAGUAAGUGAAGAUUUUCCUGAAGAUAAAUAUUGUUCAAAAAUUGCUAAUUUUUUUUUUUUCAAAAGAUCCUUUUCUUAAUCAGAAAUAGGUUCCUGCUUUUUUUUUUUUUUUGUUAUGACGCACUGGAUUCAACUUAGCUUUUCGAUGGGAAGCAAAAGGGCAAGGUAGAGCUGUAUGACUUCCGAUUAAAUUAUACUUGCCUGUCUGAAUCGCAAACUGCAGGAGUUUCAUCAUUUUUUAUGCUUUUGACAAGCCAAUGCAUGCCCUUGGCUAGUUUUUCCGCCCAAAUCAUGUGCCUUGUUAACAAAACUGCGACAUGUGCAGUUGACAGUCUCGCUUUGCCAUUGUUUGCGGGCCGAUUUUAAUGUUCCUAUGGGGUAGCUACGCAGGCUAUAAUUUAUCCAGGGACUGAUGAUUUAUUGCGAGCUCAAAAUUGGCCUUAAUUAGUUUAGCCACUGAUAUUCGUCCAUAAUCAUUACCAGGGCGUAAGAAGCUAGGGCGUUGAAACAAGCGGGGUCGAGAGAUCUAGCUGUGAUGCAAGGGCCUGGGUACUACCAAAGAGAAAAAACAAGAUGGCGGACAUUAUACUGGGUCGUCAGAGAGAUUAUCCAGCGGACGUUAGCCAUUAUCCCUUGGCAUUGAUUUGCUGCAAGCAAUAGCGAAGGAGCAAAUUAUUUUUUCUCACGUUCGUUUUCUGUUUUGUUAAUUUUUUUCCCCGCGAACAAAUAUCUGUAUUGAAGAUAGUUCCACCUCCGUGACCUGUAUUAAAAUUUCGUGACUUUGUAAGAAAAUGGCAUCACAACUCAGAUGAAAGCACUGACAUCAUUUUUAGACUAAUAUUAUCGAUUUUCUACUUCCGUUUAAUAACAAGUUGUGUAAUUCGUCAUCUGCUAUGGCCUUUAUGUUUUGCUGCCCAGUUUCAAGGCCAUAUGAUCUGUUUUCACUAUUAAAGUUUGGAUUUGUUGGUGUACAUAAGUAUUCUUCUCUAAACACCUUAUUGAGCUAUCUACAAUAUUGAGCAUUACAGUUGGACAGAUUGUGAAAACUAAAGUCCGGCGCCAUUUUCCUCAGCUAAUACCAGAGCAACAGGGGUUUUCCACUUUCAUCGAAAAUUUGAACAUUGACUUUGCUGAAACUGAUUUCCGAAGGGGCGGAUUUUUAAGCGUCAUUUCCUGAGGUUUCACUUUCGUUUCCGUCACCAGUAAGCUACGGUCCACUUUGAACAAGUCGUGUGGUAUUUAGUUUCUUCCCUUGUCUCGUUUUUUUUGUUCUCGGCACUUCAUAGCUCGCAAUCCAGUGCCCAAUUACCAGCUUUUAACGUGAUCGCAUAACGGCUUGAUCGGUCAAGUGCAUAUUCCAUUUUAUUGUCAACAAAGACGCUUCGUGCUAUAUUGGCUGAAAAGGUUAACUACAGUCAAGGUCACUUUCGUCUCUCCUUGUUUGAAUUUCACUCUAGUGAAGCACGUUUCUUUGUAAAAUGACACGCUGUUUAAUAAGUGCUGUUUUCGCGGUCGGAUACUCGCAGUAGGGAGCAUCUCGCGCAAGUGGCUUGUCCUCCGGAGUGUACACGCCAAGUACGCAAGUCUUGUCGAAAACGCACAAUUAAAUUAUUACAUGGUGGCAGCGUUUUAUUCGGGUAAUCUCUAAAGUUGCGUCGAGAUAGACAGAACCGAAGAGCGAGCGAGAAAUGGCAGAAGUGCGUCUUUCGCGUUGCCAUGGAUGAAGUGGGACGCUUCUGAUCCGAUAACUGCAUUCAGAAGAUUCAAAAGAAAUGUCAGGUUAUGUUUAUAAUCGUAAUCUAAUUAAGCAGCUUGGCACCAUAAACAUACCGUGCAAGUACAAGAGAAGAAGAUCAACUGUAUUUUCUGUGUCACAGACACCGCUGGGCUAGCCAUUCUUGGCUUAAAAGCGUGCACUGCGCUGUUGUUACAUUGUACGCUCAAAACAAGUCAACCAGACCAAGCAGGACCAACAAGCAGCCUCAAUAUCUCAGCUCAACAUUCAGACAUAAGCAGAAGAAGCGCGAAUUAUAUCGAAAGCCAUGUACCAAUUGAAGUGCAGUCCUCAAUCAGGAGUAAACAAGACCUAAUGGAGAUGUACCCUGAAUGUUUGAACAGUACCGUUAAACCUUCUGGUCAUCAGAAAAAAAAAUGGGCGACUUUAAUUUGUUUAUGCUUCGAUCCUAAAGACCUGAGGAAGGCAAUCAACAGAGAACACCAUCCGAUCCCUAUCGUGGAGAGAAAAAAAACCCAAGUUAACAGGUGCAAAGCUCUUCAGCAGGCUGGACGCUCGAAAUGGCUACUGGAGUGUAAAAUUAGACAAAAAAUCAUAUUUAACAACCUUCAAUACGCCAUUCGGCAGGUUCCGCUUCCUUAGGAUGCCGUUUGGUGUACGAAUGAGUCAGGGUAUUUUCCAAUUCAAGAUUGACAAGACAUACCGUAAUUGUGAGGGAGCCAUCGGCAUUGUAGAUGACAUUACCGUCUACGGGAAGAAUGACAAAGAACAUGACUUCCACUUACAUGAAACCAUAGAGCGUACCAGGAAAGCUGGCAUCAAGCUCAAUGAUGAGAAGUGUGUUAUCAAGACAAAGGAGUGCAAUUUCUUCGGCAUGCUUUACACACCAGAUGGGGUCAAGCCGAGACCAGACCAAGUCCAAGCCAUAAAAAACCUGGAACCACCCAAAGAUAAGAAGGAGCUUCACACUUUCCUGAGAAUGGCAACCUACAUGAGCUCAUUCAUUCCCAAGUUAGCUGACCACACUGUGCCCUUAAGAGACCUCUUAAAAGAGAAUGUAGACUUCGCGUGGAACCCAUCACACUCGAAAGCCUUUGAAAAGGUGAAGUCAUUAAUCUCCAAUUCAACUACUCUGGCGUAUUACAACAGGAAUGAAACAGUUGUCCUUCAUGUUGAUGCAUCGAUCAAGGGCCUGGGCGCAGCUCUGUUCCAGAAUAACAGACCGAUAGCGCUUGCAUCGAAAGCGCUCAUUCCCGCGGAAACACGGUAUGCCAACAUUGAACGAGAACUAUUAGCAGUGGUCUAUGGCUGUGAAAAAUUCCAUUCUUAUCUCUAUGGAACAUCGUUUCUGGUUCAAUCCGAUCAUCGUUUCCCAGAACAAAUCCACAAAAAGAAUCUUACGCAAGCGCCCCCACGCCUUCAAAGAAUGCUGCUGCGUCUAUCACCAUAUGACUGUGUUAUUAAAUAUCUUCCAGGAAGAGAAACGGUCACACGCCUCUCGCCGUUAGACGAAUUCGAGGCACUAGAUAUGAAUGUAAAAGUUCAUCAUCUAGUCAGAAUCACUCCAGCUCCACUCUUACAGCAGUUAUCCCAGCAGGUUGUGCAAGGCUGACCAGACAGUGUUAAGGAAGUUGACCCGACAGCAAAACCCUACUGGUCGUUGCGAGAUGAUAUAUCGGUAGAAAAUGGGUUAGUACUUCUUGGAAGCCGUGUCAUAGUCCCUGAAUCCUCAAGAGGCAACAUCUUGCAGCAAAUCCACGGAGGAUAUUUUGGCAUAGAAAAAUGCAAGCUGCGAGUCAAAUCCAAACGGUGAAGAGGUCUAUCCUAAAGUGUUUAGAGAAGACAUAAAUCUAGCCCUGUUGGCACUCCGAACAACACCCCUGAGUCCCAAUAUAGCAUCGCCGGCUGAACGCCUCAGUAGUAGAAUUUUAAAUCCACACUCCCUGGAAAGAUCUACCCAUCAAAAGACCAAGAAGACUUUAGAAACUGGCUGAGGGCGAGACAAGACAAUCAGAGCCAUUUUUACAACAGAAACACCAAGGAACUCCUGAAUUAUACAAGGGUCAAGCCAUCUAUGUACAAGAUCUCGAGAGGAAGACAUGGAGUCCCGCUUAGGUCGUAGAUCAAGGAAAUACACCCCGGUCCUAUACUGUGGAAACGGAGACCAGUGUUCACCUACGAAGGAAUAGGAUCCAUCCGAUCAGACCAAACAACUCAUCCAACAGUCCAGCCAAUUCUCGGUUUUCACUCACGUGAGAAAGCAGAAAUAAAAAUGGAAACCUUUUAAUACAGAAAGUCUAGAAUCUGGGAAAUGAAAGAAGAUAAAUGUACAAAAAGCCUUGCCAAGAAUCAGUUCUAUGCAAUUGUUCAUAUGCGAGAUAUUCGGAAAAACGUUUUACCCAAAUUUAUAAAGCUUUGUAUGGAGACGCCAUGUUUGUGUCCCUUUCAGGGGCACAAAUAUUGCCGCCGAAAACCAACAGAAACAUCUGUUUUUGAGUUUUCCUACUUAUGCGUGAAUGCUUCGCUUGAGGAACUCAUAAAGAUUUAAAGGAAUAUUUAUUCUAAGACAAGGAAUGUUUAGAUAGCAAACCCGGGAUAGCAAAAUCUCCAAAAAUCCGUAAUGUUUUUAACCCACUUAAGAGCUUUCCCGGCCGCCAGCCAAAUGCCGCGUCACGCAAAAGCCUGGAAAUUCAACCGUCCUGUAUCGCAAACAAAGAACCCUUUUAACCGAAAAUUUGUUUGUAUAAAGGUUUUAAGGUGCUCUAAUAUCACAUGAAAGUAGAAACUCAGGAAGAAGCGAUAGUUUCUUAGUUUGAAUUCUAAUGACGUCAUGUGAAAACCAAGAAUAACUCGUCGACCAGCAUCCCACAAGGAAGUACGACUACACUCAGAAUGCCAAGUCUUCAAACAUUGACUCACGAGAUCCCACCUCGGUAGAAACUGAGAAGAGGCCAGCGAAAUCUCGCUCGAGUCGCGAAAUCUGAGCACCGGAAGGACUUAAUCUUUGACUGCUAUUUUAUUGAAUAUAUUUUACAAUAUCUGAAUCUAAGACAGCAAAUCCCCUUUUGAGAGACUUACUCGUUUUCUUUGCUUACAGAAGUUGAAGUUACUAUGAAAAAGACAGAGAUUUGAAGGACUGUUUUUUGUUUCAUUGUAAUGUAUGUUUAUUGUUUAAGAGAAGGGGAUGUAACAUUACAUAUGCCCGUGUAGUAUUGUGCAGCAAUGCAUUGUUUCUUCUAAGCCUAAUCAGCGUGUAUUGUAUAAUAGCACUGUUUGUAUGCCCAUAGGCUAAGUAUUAGCAUAUACUGUAGAUAAAUACUCAAGUAGGACAUAAUGUAUUUGUUGGGGUGUACAUUUCAAGUACACAAGUCGUGUCGAAAACUCAGCAUUAAAGUGUUACAGCUAGAACUAAACGAACCUCUUAGCAGUCAAUUCCUAGCCUGCAUAACAGGCGCUUUAUGAGCCAAGCGAACGCAGCGUUUUGCACGAAGCACAAGACCAGGGGAUGAGAAAAAAAUAAGCGACUGUUCCAGUCUAUUGUUCUGGCUUUUCCCACGUUCAUUACAUGAACGUCAUAUUCCAAUAAUGGUUAAUUGGUGACGCGUUGUUCUGGCAUGUUAUGUUCUUUUGACUAUGCUGUUCGAGAAGCUCUUCGUUUAUUUCCAAAUAUUCCAGAAAUAUAGGAAACACAAAAGAAAUGGUUAAAUUUAUUGCUUAAGAUGAAAGAUGUUCUUGGAUUGCUUUAAACGGGGUUUGGAAAAAGCCUGAUUUACUAACUUUUUGGAAGUUUAAUUUUUAAAGUGUUGACAGGCCAAACACGACUCAUCGGCUCGUGAUAAUGUGAAACGUGGCCUUGGAGCAACAAGUUUUCCUUCUUUUCAUUCUCGCCGCUAUGUUUGGACAUAAAUAAGACGCUACGGAGCGUACACUUCGGCGUCGUGGUUUGGAACUGAUUAAUUGUAAAUGCGGAGGAAUAGUAAGAAAUGAAAUAUGGUAAGAGUAAGGUGUUAAUUUGUGAAAUUAUGGGAUUUGUCAGGAUAUUCUGAAAAGAGCAACAUCCAAGAGGCCUACUUGCCAAAAACUAGCAUUUCGGGGCAAAUUGUCUCUGAGAUACUAGCCCAGUUAUGCUCUGAUGACUCCAUACAAAUCCUUCUAAAUUUGACUUGGGUCUAAACGUUUAGACCUAAGUCAAAUAUGAGGUUACUGGCGGUGAAUAACAAGUCUAACAAAACAAACGGUGAAAAAAGACUUCUCUAUUUUUCUUAAUCACAUCAGGCUUCAAAAACAGCAUAGCAGUCUCAUGUACUGAUUAAAGAUAUGUAAGGCAUGGCUAAAGAGUCAGUUACGUUGAGCAUGGAAUUGGCUAAAACUCAAUGUUACGAGUUCGAAUGUUUUGAGGAUGAUUAUUCACUGACUAUCAGCACGCAGGGAUGUCGGAUUAACACAAGGAAGUUUAACACCAAAGGAACAUAGCCUUUACAGAUCUUUAAAACACAGCAUCUGCCAACACAAACUUGACUUGAUCUUAAGUAAAACUACAUAGCCUCUGCCAAUAAUAACAAACUCUCACUCGAACUUCAGAUAUCUUACGGCUUCCGCCAACUUGUAAACACAGAACUUGAAAAUCGACCUUCGUGACACUUGACUAAACACAGCAGUUCAGCUCGUGGGAAAAAACUUAGUUCCUCAAAAGAACUCGCUUGGAACUUGUAUACCGUUUUACAUAAGGUUCUAGAAAAUACUAAACAGGCGAAUAGUAGUAGCUUUUCGACAUAUUUUUGAUUUUAGGAACUGAUGCAAAUCUGCUGACUCAUGCUGAAAUGUAAACAUGCCCUAAUUAAGAGAACGUUCGAGAAAGUCACGCAACGCAUGAAAGCAAUUUUACUACGUAACUCUCAACAAAGACAAAAUGUCUUUGUGCAGCAUUUUGUAACUUUAAAUUCAUCAUAAAACAGUUCGAAAGGAGGGCUCACUCGUGAAUUGUUUGAACUUGCACGCCCAAUCUUGUCCGGAAACUAGUGUAUCACUUUUUUUUUCACUUUUUCAUAUCCCGAACUACCCUGGGUCGCUGUAGCGCAGUCGGUUAAUCCCUGAACUUAGAGUUUUCUUUGAUCUGACAGGUCACAUAGGUGAGUCGGUUCAAACCCCGGGAAAGCCAAAAUAAUAAUUCUUUCUUCCUCGAAAAAGUAGCUGAAUAAAACCGAAAACCAAUAGACUUUGCGUGCCCAAUCUUGUCAAAAAAAGUCAAUUUUGAUACAUUACUGAAUCCUUUACUUCGCGUUCCGCCGAAGUAACUAAACUUUGGCUGAACAAGUCUUAUUUUUGCCGCAGUCAUGUUAUUAAAGGCGAUUCAUGCCCUCGUAGUUGUUAUUUCCUGUGGUUUAUGCUACUGUCGGUGUUUCUGGUAGCCAGAAAGGUGACAAUUUUCUGGUAAUGGAUCGUGUUUUCCUUGGUCCUUUUGACGUCACCGCUUUCAGUCAUUUCUUGUGGGCGGCAGAGCCAGAACAAUGGACUGGUAACGGGGCUUAUUUUUUUCUCUUCCCCUCGUCUCUCUAGCGCUUCGCACUCGUCUCACGCUUUUAGGGCUCGCAAUUAAUGUUUUGGAUAACUACCCUUCGGGUUAGUGGGCAUAAAUUAUACCGACCAAAUUAUAAAGUUUAUUAUCCAAGAAUCUGAACUUACAUUAUAUGAACAAAAUUGUACUAGUAAAUGGGGAAAACUUACGGACGGAUUGGUUCAAAACAUAAUUUUCCAUUUGGUUUUCUCGAUUUCCAUAUCCUCUUCACAAAUUUUGGCCAGGGACCAUUAGUCUUCUGAAAAACUAUCAAAGGAUCUUUGCAUCUGAUCUGUAUAAUAAACAGGUUUCACAAACGAGCCACUUCCAAACAAUGCCAAAAACAAGAUGGUGGCGGUAUAUUAAGGUUGUGCAAUGCACGUUUUUCAUGUUGCUUGAUUGUAUGCUAUCUUUCGAAACAAAUUGUUCAACGAAGAAAACAAUGUUAUGCAAAAAAGAAACACAUCAGCCUAUUGGGAAAAUUAAGAUUCAUUUGCAAGAAGAAUUUCUAUGAAUGAAACUACUUAUUUAACAGUUAUUUUUACUAACCAUGUCGGGUUACUUCGGCACAUUUCUAGUAACCAAACGUUGGAAACCACUACAACCAUUGGUUAACGGGUUACUGUUAAUUUCGAGCCCUAGCUUCGCAUAAAAUGCCGCAUUUGCCUUGCUUGGCUCAUAAAACGCCUGUUAUGCAGGCUAUUCAACUCCCUACCUACUAAUAUUGCAUAUACCUAGUAAUUUGAAAUGUUAGUUAAAGCCCUGACAGGGUGCAAAGAAAGUCAGUUUUACAGGUUGCCAUUCGGACAAGUUCCAGGUUGAAGCUAUAUUAUGUACUAGCCCAAGAUUCAUAUUAACUACUAGCCUUAAAAAAGUUAUCAUACGUAAUUCAUUACACCUGUCCAAUCAUUAAUUAAUAACUUGCUCUAUUAAUUUAUAGCAAUAUUGAUAUAUGUAAUAAUUUUCACUUUGUAGGAUAAGCUUGAAAAAACAAAUUUUUGAUCCAUAUGAAUUCAUUAGGAAUUAUAAACAGUUUGUCUCAUAGUUCUUCUGUGAUUAGAAUUCAGAGAAAAUUUCACUUACUCGUCGGCCAAGCCAAGAAAAGAAUUAAUCACGUAAAUAGUUUACACUUUGCGUACCAGGUUCGACGUGGGACUUGUGUGUUAACUCUAAUUCUUGAUCCGGAAUAUUCCUGAGAGCUGUAUUAGGCCAGUGGGAUUCAGGACGCCAUAGGAACGUAGGCCCUUGUAGCCAUCCGUGAUUUAAGUUUUACCCUGAGAGAGUCAAGCCACGCGAAACGUCGAUUUAGGGAUCCUGGCACGUGAUUCCAUUCUUUCGGCUGAGAGUUCUCUCUUAUUUCUUUUACCCGAUUGGCACUGUAAGUCUGAAAGCGACUUUUAUCAUUCUUCAAGUAGUGGAGCACCAUUUCGCUAUCCGUCUAGUACUUUGUGCAUUUGAUAGGCAGAUCCAUUUCCUGUUUCUACUUACCCCCACCAUAGUAGCAGGAGAAAACUGUAACAUUGCAGGAGAAUAUUUUGCAAGAGGAUCCAUGUGUGAAUAAAAAAUAGUCAUAGGCUAUCGAAUGCUAGCCGGAGAAUUCUGUGUCGUAAAAGGAGAAUUCUCCGAUCUCCAAUGCCUAAUGAACAAUCUGCGACUUAGAGACUUUUGUGUUCCCGUAAGCCCAUUAUGUCUUUAUGUUUUUUUCAACGGGCCCGAAUGUGUAGCUUUUACAUUUAUACCUCACAAAAUCUGAUCUAAAGUUUUACCGUAAGGUGUUUAUUUUCUUUGAGGACAGACAUAGGAAAGCAAACGAUAACCUUCUUCGCUGCUUAAUAAGGUUACUAUAAUUCAAUCUUAAAACUACACAGACUGUGCGGUUCGUGUUCAGGUGUUUUGCAGUGCAUUCAUGGUUUAUCCAUGGUGACGACGAUGUCAAAAUGUAAAAAACGUCCAUGAAACCUUCAUAAAUACAGAAAUUCCCUUUUAAAAACUUACUUUCCUUGACCAUAGAGUGUAGAAUGUACCUGAAGUUUCUUCAAAGACUUCGCUGCCUUGGUUGGUUGAAAACAAGCCAAGCUGCCCGCUGUGAAGAAAACAUGUUUGAAUUCCUCGAAGGGUAAAAUUUCAUAGCGAAAAGCUUUCGUUGGUCCACAAAAAGAAAACUGAGUGUUAUUUUGAACUUUCUCUUUUCAUUUGUGAUUUUAAUCGAUGUAUUUUUUAUUUUAUUUUUUUUGAAAAUGCAAAUCUUUGGUCUUGCCACCACGUUCGCCAGCCAUUUUGUUGAUGGAUGUCAGUUACUAAGGUGUCAAAUCUGUUUCUUCCCCUUCCCCCUAAGGGGUCGACCAUUUGACUUUUUAGGCAGAGUAUGGGGCUGAUUUAGUUUGGGUAAGAAUUUUUUCCCGAACCUCUGGAGUUAGAAUUUUUCCCACAAGAUAUAACGAUGUAAAAUGUUUUUUCAGCAUUAUACGCCAUGAACGAUAUUUUGUUUCAGUGCAGGAUAUAUUUCCCCAGCUAUUUCCUUGCAAGAUUUUUUCCCCUCGAAAUCAGUCGGCAGGAUAUUUUUAUUCAUAAUACGCUCAAAAGUCAAAUGGUCGAUUUUUGUCCUUAAAAUAGACCAAACAUUUUCUCAGUAGACAAAUUCUGAAUGGUCAAUCAUUUCUAAAACCUUUUGGACAAUUGGGGACGAAACACUCUAAGGGAGGAGGGGAGGAAUUAGUUUUCUACUUUUAGUACCCCACGCGGAAGUAUCGUCCGAAUGGUCGGCGUUCGUACGCUGACAUCAUAACCAACUUUUCUCAGAUCCAUAGGUUUACAAUUUCCUUUGGCUAUGGGGCUAUUCACAGAAGCUCGGCUAUUAAAUUUAGACGAGAAUUAUCAAAUAGAUUGUUCUUGGGAUCUGUUAGCAUAACCACUCGAUCACGAUUGUCUACUCCCUGAUUAUGUGUAUUAGUUCUUUUCCUCUUGCGCAACAAAGGAAGCAGCUUUUGGCAUAAUAAAAGUCUGUGGCUACAGGCAUAGCACUGCCAUUUGUCACCGAGUUUGAUAGUGAGUAUAACAGCUCCUAGACCAACCCCAUUAUAUCAAGGUCAGGAGCUCAUCACUCCGGGUUUUCCAUGGCUACUUUUGACCGGAACGUGACCGGAAACGUUGUGACACUCAUUUAAACUUGAAACUUGCGUUAGUGUUAUCUUUUUUCUUGAUUGACAUUUGAAAUCUUGAAAUCAGAGUAGCUGAAAAAUAGAAUGUUGGGAAAUUACCUUUUGUUGUGAUGGGUAGGAGAGGAAGAUUUACGAGCGGAUGGUUAUAUAAAAAAAAUAGCAUUUAUGAUUUAAGUGAGUUAUUCUGAGCCCCACAAGUUCGGUACACUUUUAAGUAUCUUAGUGCGUUAGAUUUUCAGCAUAUUUGUACAUUUUCUCGUGUUUUCCAACCAGUUAAACUCUCUGUGCUUGAGACUUCCCUUUCCUCAUCCGGCACUUUUCCUGGAAGUCAUACUUAGUUCUGCUUGGCUGGUGGUUAUUUUAAUGUGUAAAAACUAACAUGCCAUCACGAGCCCUUAAUUGUUAAUGUACAGCUUCUGUUUCACCCAUCUGUUGCAGAUAUAGGAUGGUUUCUAAGGCUUUACCUCUAUAUUACUGGCAACAGUUCGAUUGGUGGAAUUCCCAGGCCAAUCCCAGAUAAAGUAAUGGUAGAAGCCGUGAGGACUGUUUUUUCCCCGACGGCGGAACGUACUAUCUGGACGUACUAUCUUAAGUCAAUUCUUGUAGAAUUGCACUGUUAUACGACGGAAAAUUUCCUCUCUUUAGUGGAAGACCUCGAAAAAGGAAUAGUAAAGAAACGGCUGGAGGAGGAAUUUGAAAAGGUUGGAUGCAAAGGAGAACUGGAAAUAACCAUCACAAAUAAAGAGGAGGUGUAUGAGGCACUGGGUGAGAUAAGGUAAUUUUUACGCUUUUUUCAUUUGAAUUUGUUUUUGUCGUUUGAUGGCUACAAUAUAUAUGUUGUGGUUCAAUUGUAUCCUUGGUUCAACUUGUAUUUUCGUUUGUUUUGGGGUUUGGUAAUUUGUGAUAAUGAUUUUAAAACAAAAGAAAAUAAAAUUUAAACCAAGGAUAAAAUUGAACCACAACAUAUGUAAUUAUAUAAUUUAUAUAACAUACAAGUCAUACAAGGACUUGCUCACUAAAAUAACCUCAUCAUUUUAGUAACUUUUGUUACUACACAAGCCAUACUAAUUGCUGCCCCCAAUUUAGAGCUAUAAAAUCGUCUAAUCAAGCAGGCACACCAUGUAUAUUUACACCUGGUCCCCUCCGCCGCCAGCUUGAAGAGUAUUUGUUGUUCGGGUUGUCUCUCUAGUCACACUGUCGGGGAAUGUGUGCAGUUUUUUUUUAUGACCAGGAACAAUUUUCCUAUCCCUUAGCUUUGUAAAUAGGCAUUUAUAUUAGCAGUAGCCCAGAAAUUUUCAAAGAUUAGAAGACUCUUUCAACCGUUAUUGCUGCGGAGCGACCGUAGGGAGCGAGCAGCAACAUAAUCAGGAUUUAAGGGAAAUAUACAGCUUUUUCGAGAAAGGUUGUCGAAAAAACUGUGCACGCGACAACCCGAAAGGUAAUAUGGGAUAUCAUCAAUGCACUUUUCCUGACACUGUAGCUGUCGAAUCUACUUUUGUUGCUUUCUUUUAGCACUCGCAAACAUACGUCCAUGGCUUCUCGUGCCAUUCUUUGAUAUUUUUUUUGAAAAAAAGUGAACUCGAAAUCACCCACAAUACCUUUUGGGAUUGUCGCGUGCACUUUUUCCGACAACCUUUCUUGAAAUAGCUGUAUAAGGUGGGACGAAUUCUCGAAUUCAUCACUCUUUACCAGAAUGCAUUGCAUUUAACCAGAGUACAUUGCGGUACUUUUUUACCAGAAUGCAUUGCGCCACGAACAACUCAAAUAAAAACACGAGAAAGUUCGGUGGUUGAGAGCGAGCAUCGUUCGCUGCCCAGACUCAGAGUUUCUUUGUGGCAAGUUUUCUACAGCACGGUUAGAGGUCUAACCAAAUUUAAGACACGCAGGAUUCUUUCAGAUGAGUACGAUGGUUAACUCGGAGAUUGGAUUUCAAUUCAAGAGCCUUUGACUCGUCCAGGCGUUAAACUUGACGAGAAGAUGAGCAUUUGCUCUUCGACUCUGCAACGCGGGGGAUAAACAAAUUCCAGCUUGCUAGAAGGUGAUGUGAAAGUGAGAAAAUGUCAUGCCCUGCUAUUCGUAAGAACCUGUAUGAGCCUAAAAUGGAUGUGAUUUUGACCAUUAACUUCAAAAUAACAGCGGAAAUCGAGAUAGUAAAACAUAUGUUUUGCUUGCUACUCUGCAGACGAGGACGUGUAUCGGCGUUUUGUAAAGCAUAAUUAUGUUCUUUCAUUCAUUCAUUGCCAUGGAAUAUGCGUUUACAUUGUUUUUUUGCUGUUAAUAGCUCAGUUAAUGCAGCUCGAUUAUCUUGCAGGCGGAAGUUUCAUGGAAAACAAAAGGCAUUAAGUUAAAGACUUUUCAAAAAGGUUACGUAAUCAGCCGCUGUGGUUUAUUGGCUAGGUGUAGUCGCGUCGAGCCGAAGGGGCCGGGAUCGAGUCCUUCUCAACUCUUUUUUUCCUUCUGUCUUUUUUUUGUCCGUUUUUUUGUGUUGUUGUUUUCUAUAAAUAUAUGCAUAAAUAACUGUUUUUUAAUAAAGUGCAAUAAACAGCAAGAAAAGUAUCGUAUUUCCAGAGAAAAGAUAGGACACCGUAUAUUAAAUAUAUGGAUAAAGAAUUUGAAUUUCUAUCAUUUCCUACAGUUAACUGUGGGAAAACCAGAGUUGAUAACCACUUGAUCAUUUUCUUAACAUCGUUUCCACGAGUUCUCUCUAUAGACUGGUAGUAAUUGUUACUUUCCAACAUGUAAAUAGGACAUUCAAUGUCAUUUUCGAUUUUUUUAAGUCUGACUGCCUAACUAAUGCCAGUAUCAACAGAUUGUGCCGCAGCAUUACUAUCUUUUAUCUUUUACUUCUAUUUUCCAAAGUGCUACGCAGCUUAACGGAAAUUCUUUCGUCAUUUGUUGAUCAUAUCUUUUAGAUACCCUAGUUUUAGAACUUUUAACAUUACAUUUUUUUCAUCUCCGAAGAAAAAUUUACGUUAGCAAACUGCCAUCAGCUGCUUUUGGAGAACUUAUCUGUGACCCCACGUUUUGCCUUUUCUGCCUGCCAAUGUUUCUUCGAUCACUUUAGAGGUAAUUUCUUCGUUAUGGUUCGCGCUGCGUCCAUAGCUCUUGGCAAGGUCAGCUAGCGAGGUCGGUUUCGUGUUCACGUUUUAUUGUUGGAGUAGGCAUCUGCUUUGUUUUUAUCGAGGUUUCUAGCUAGUCUUAUCAGUUUCGAAUAUUUAGCGUUUUCCAUACGGCGCACCUUGCUUAGCGUUUGCUUGCUAUUUCUGGCAUUACCUUGCUGUUAUUUGUCUUUUAUCGCGUCCUCUUUGUUUGUUUAUCGCCUUCUUGCCCAGUUGGGACUGGCUUAUUAGUGCCAUUGUUUCUUACCCGCCUAUUGCUCUCCCUCUUAUAGGCGUUCAUUUGCACGUUUCUUUGUCGUGUUAUUGUUUUUCAAGGGUGGAUUUGCGCUUACUCGGUGCGAAGAAAGCUGCCGCGUGGACAAGUCUGUUUUGUUAAACUCUGACUUAGUGACCACGGAAGUCUGCAGAGCAGCCGACGGCCUUUGAAUCCAGCGGCGUGGAGAGCCAUAGAGUCAGUUGUGCUGUAUUCAGUUAUGAUUACCUGGCCCAGAGAGCCAGCUGCCAGCGCCCUCGAAUGAGUCGUUGAACUGGUUCGUUAAGAGUAGUAUCCCAGGGGCUCUUUCCCCAGUUCUUGAAAAGUUUCGGCGCCAUUUUUCCUGACCCAACUUACCGCCUCUGUGUCUCCGAGGAUGGAGUCGACCCAAAUUAGAUACCGGUAUGUCGGACUUAAUUGAUUCAAAUGUCGAUCUCUUCAUGUACUCAUCUGAAGGAAUAAGGUUCGGAACACGAAACGUUUGACGUUUGAUUUGGGCCAAAGUUCCAUUGUAUCUUACUUGACAACGAGAUUAAAAGAAGGGAGUUGCAACGUGUCGCUUCGUGCUAACCCAACUCAAAAGAAAUUUCAGCAAGAAAUUUAAGGACAUUGUUCCCCGCAGUAGCAUGGCUUAAUUUUUUACCCGUCAACCAUAAACAACUCAAGCUUACAAAUAGGAGCCACUGAACGCAUCAGGCAACUGUUCAAGUCCAAGUUCUAGUUUUUUUUUCCCCACAAUACAAAACAUGGGUACUUUAAUAUUAAAAAUCUAAUGGCGAUGGUAACCCUUAAUUAUAAGUAAUAGGCUGCCUCCAUUAAUCAUUUUAACAAAACAUUAACAAAUGUAUACAGGUCAAAUCAAUGGCAGAGCUACUUAAAGGGGCUACGUCAGCUGAAGAGUAUGCGCGCUGAGGUUAUGCAAAGUACUUUCAUCUGUCAAAAUUCUAUAUUUGUUUUAUGUGUGAAUUUCUCUGUCGCGUACACUUGAGCCUCGAAAUUUACAACGACGUUUCCAAGCGAAUGGGGUUUGGAGAAGGGAUAUUUUGAUAGAAUUUAUGGAACGUUUCUUCUCUGAUUAUGCUAAAUCAAGUUCCCUCAAUUUCAUCGUCAAGAAUAAAAUUGUUGAGAUAACUUUACUUGUAGUUUUGAAUUAAAAACACAUGCCAUUCAUGAAAGUCGAUUGCAAACAAAAAUUCAACAACAGCAUAUUGUCAUGGUCAACAUAAUAUAUCAAAUUUUAUUUUUUAAACGAACUACAAAAUACUCUAGACCAAAGAUAAAGACGACGACUUGUCUGUAGCCACUUUUUUAAAACUUAUAUCCUGUCAAAACAAAGCAACGCUGUUUUUGAUGUCUUUGUUUUGAUCUUCGCGAAACACACAUUUGCGCAAAAUCGUUCGAUUGUGCCGCCGAAUCACUGAGAAAAACAGAACCAAGUAUCAUUGGUAUACUAUUCCAUUUUAAGCAGUCUGUGAAUAACGAGGGAAUGUAAACUCUGCUAUUUUCCAAAAGUCCGAGCAAAUUUGCUUGAACACAGACAGUAAAAUAGCAGUUUAAAGACUUGGCAUUACACAGUAUGUAACUGCAUCGGUGCCUCUGUAAGUCCGAUGAGCAAACGGUCGUGUUUAUCCUUGCCGUGCAUCAAAUUAAAAACAAGAAGAGUCUAGCCAAAUUCUCCAGAAGUUGAGUUUCGUUACAAAACUCACGGCCAUGCUGUUGUAAUCGUUUAAAAUGUCCUCAUACUUUGGGCAGGUUCUGACUGUGAGGGAAGAUUCCUUCUACGAUUCUAUCACUCAUUGUGGAGUAGAAUUCGUUAAUUCUCUUCACCCCGCUGCUAGCACAAUGGCCGCUGAUAAGAGGAAACAGUGUAAAUCCAUGUAAAAAAAUUGGCGCAAUUUUUUCAAGUUGUUUUCCACCAGCUCGCUCAUUCGCCUGUGCUGACAUAGCCCCUUUAACGGUAAAUUUUCGCUGAAAAAUGAGUAGCAAAAAGAGGAAAAAAACUGAAAAGGACAGGCAGGGCAAGGAAAAAAUGUUUAUUGUCCCCUAAGGGAUUUCGCGCAGAAGGCGAAAUCCCUAGGCGGCACCCUAAUAACUAAUUAGGGAAAGCACUUACAGUUGAAAUAUACAGUUAGUAUGCCAGAAAAAAUCUCGAUUUGCUUGAACAGGGGCCGCGAGGAAUCAGUAGGUAAUGAUGACGUUUCUAUUGUUUGCGCCCACAAGUACGAAAUGGUUAGGAUGACGUAACGACAGAAAAUCCCGAAGAGACCCCUUAGGUAGAUUUUGUGACAUUCAUUGUGCAGUUAUACUUCGAUACUCUUUUGCGGUACGUGUCACGUGUCAUUCUGUGGAGCCGUUGUUUUGAAAGUUAUGGACCAAAAGACACUCGUUAAGCUUAUCCCUAGAAGAACGAUAGACCAUUACAGAAAUUCGCCGACAAUCAAAUUCUGUGCUGACUUAUUCUCUGCUCACAGAUGUCCUUCCGCUUUAACGUUUAAAAUAAGACUAGAAUACGCGAGCGUGAAUUGAUCAAACGUCCUUUUAAUUUCUAAGGAUUACUUUCCGCCAAAUAAAAUGAACUGAAUGUAAAAAGUGAAAGAGAAAUAGCGAAAAAUUCAACUUCUAAUUAAGUCUUAUCUUAUGGUUUAGAAUAAACUAUUCUCGAAACUGAGAAUGUUUUGAUCAAAGCUGUGUAAAUCGAACAGAAACUGUGCAUGGAACCUUGCGUUUCCUGUAUUUACCUCAGUUAUUGUAUGUAAUUUGUAUGGAAAUCUUCGUUGUGAAUCGGACGGGUAUAUUUCAAAGAGCUACUCAACGAGCAAGAAUACUAUUGACAGAAAAUAUACAGAGCGGGGGCAGCUCUAGUGUCAACUAUUACUAGUGAUAAGUGAAUGCCUUCUGUUUAUAGGAAAAGGAGGCAAAACUUAAGUUAACUUAAUUUCAAGCAGUUACGUAAUAACUAUAAAUGCAACAGAGAAGCAACUGAACUAAUUUUUGUCUUUUUUGUAUAAAGUUAUUGUAUCUCAAUACAAACUCAUGAGUCAUUAUUAUUCAUAACAAGUACCCCGAGUCUUCAUAAGGGAAACUAAACAGGUUCAUUCAACAGCUACUAAGUUUGAUCUUUCUUUUUUAAGAACAUCGUUUGUAACAGUGCGACUACUGUAACCGGGACCACCUAGACAAAGUUGACCAAUCGGAUUACAUGAAAAUAACGAUACAUAAUUCCAAGAAAGGUGGUUGUGGGCCCAUCAGCAGCUCGUAAAAAAACAAUAAGUUGCAAGAAGCACAAAAUUCAAAUAUUGAUAGCAAACUUUUUUCACGAGAGCAAAAUGUUUUUAACCAGUCAAUGUUUUUCUGUUCGAAACUUGGAAUAUAACACCAGGAAACAUAUUUGUUCGGCACAAGCUGUUAUUGUGGCAUCUACCAGUAAUUUCUUCGCUACCAUUGCCGCACUUUGAAGAUAUAAACAUGCGACCUCAAGUCAAAAAUAUGAACAACGUUUACAUUUUUCACCUCCGUCAACAUUCUAACGGACCCUCAGGAAACAUAGGCUUUCUUUAGCGGGUUCCAAAGUUCACGUCUAUAGGUUUUAAUUGGUUGAUUUCGAUCCAUGUUGUUGAUUUCGAUUGACAACUAACUUUCUUGGAGUGCAUUGUUAUUUUCCUGUACCCGAUUGGUCAACUUUGUCUAGGUGGCCCCGGUUAUAGAAGUCGCACUGUAAGAUGCAAAGACAAAAGUGAAUAGUUUACAGGUAUCAUUAGGGAGUUUACGCAACGACGACGACGGCGGCUACGAAAACGUCACUUAAAAAGUGAAUUUGCGUUGCCUCAAACUUUAUCGCGCUUAUUCCACCCCCUUUAAUUCGUCAAAUGUUGGCAAUUUUUUGGGGGGUUGAAUUCUAAAGGACUGCAUCAAAGUUCAGGAAAAGAAAAACGUGAAAUUAGGCAGUUUCAGGUUCUAGUCGUGCAACGACAGCAGGGAAUGUACAAAAAAGCGUCACGAACGUGCAAAUUUGUUGUUUUGCUUGUCUAAACCUGUUGCAAUACGCUUUGCAUAUUCAGUUAGCGGACGAUUGUUUAGAUCGUUAUUCCCAAUACAGACCAUUCUUUGUUCAUAUUCAGUUAGCUGCAGAUCACGCUAAAAUUAUUAUUCAUUGUGCAGUGUGACUUUGUAGUGAAAACCGUUAGGACGCUGAAUAAACUUCGCUCGUCAAAAAGUUGUCUUGUCAGGAUAUUUCUUCAUGCUGGAAGCAGAAAGUGCAUGAGGAAACAUGGUGUCAGGAGUAAAAGUCUAGUCUACUACAAUCUGGAAACCGAACAAAUUCAUCGCUAAUCGACGAUCACAGAGUUCGAGCGAAUAUGUUUGUGUUCACAGGCCUCAAGUUCACCAUGGAAGUUCUCGCGAAAGGACCAAUCUUGGAUUGGACAAACGAAGGAAAACUUCACGAGCGUUUCCUAUAAUGAAAAAAGAAGGUGUCGAUUUUAUGCAGAGGUCUUGUAAUGACCAAGGCAGAUCCGGAGUUUGUUUGUCUAUGCAUUUAUCAGUGGUCCGGUGAACGCGCACAAAAUAUUUUUGACAAGGCAACAAUUUUAUCCGAUGAUCGCAAGAAAUGGGAGAUACAUCUCAGAAAGGUGGAGGAGCAAUGCAAACCCAGAGGGAGCAAACUAGUCGCGGCCACACAGUACAAAGUACUCACUCAAGGUGAUAUGGAAUUACCAAAGUACAUGGAAAAGUGCAGGCAAAUCACUGAUGCAUGUGGAUGACCAGAAGACGCGAAGGACAUGGCUCUCAGGAACGCUAUUCUCUGCGUUCUAAAGAAUCCAAAAGUUUAUCAAAAGUGUUUGGAAGAAGACCAGGACUUGCUUACCGCCGAACGAGUGAUCGAAAUUGCAACUCACUUGUACAACAGCGAUUGUCAAAGAUCAAUUAUGCAGACGCUCAGUACAGCAACUGCAGCAGCAACUGCAAUACAGCAAGGAUCAACACAGAUUCACAAAGUGCAAGCAAAGCAUCAAAAAGGCGGAAAAUCAACGGAGUGGUCAAAUCGAGACAAGACGUUUAGAAAUAAAGAGAAUGGUGAGACAAAAAGACAAAGUUGUUUUUGUUGUGGAGCAAAGCCUGCUCACCCCAGAUCGCAGUGUCCGGCCAAGGAUGUUACCAGUCACAAGUGUAGAAAGAAAGGAAAUUACAAAAAAUGCUGCAAGAGCAAAACAGGUAAACAAGGUACAACUGGUGAACCUAGGCAGGUUCAGGUACAUGGUUUACAAGCACCGCUGACAGGAGUUAGUGCCAAUUAGACUUCAGUUCGUGAUCCUGCACAGGACUACCACAUGAUGUUUGGUCCACAUGUACCACAGGAUGACCAACACACAAUGUUUCACCAUAUUCAGACUUUUCAUGUGAAGAGUAUUAAUGAUACUUCAAGCAAGCACAUCACGCCUCUUUGGUUUAGCAAGUGGAGGACCGAUAUAUCAGGUUGAAUGCGAGAUCGGUACAGGCGCAGGAUGCAACGUCAUGCCUUUGUAUCUGCACAAAUCCUUAUUUGCAGACAAGAUUCUUAUCCCUACCUCUGUGCAGGUGUUUGGAUAUGGAUAAUCUCCUGUAGCAAACCUAGGAGCGUGCAGUAUUGCGAUUCAUACUGGUGAUAGACAACAGCCACAGAUGGCGACUUGUCAACUGACUGAUACUCGAACGUAUCUCAUCCUAGGCAGAGAAACAGCCUAGCAAGUCGGCUUCUUUGCCUUUCCAGAGGUAACUCCGCCCUCUUUAACCAGUACGCCGCAAAUCCAUACAAGUGUUAACGUCCUGCGACCAGAUUCCAGUUAGUUUAACAAGCCUACAUGUGAGGUGUUGGAUGAUGCUGUCAUCCUGAAUGGAAAGAGACACAGUUUGCCCAUAACAAAGGAGUACGUGUUAUUCGAAUUCUGAGAUUUAUUCGAAGGUAUAGGAAAACUACCAUGGGGCAAGCACCAUAUCCAGCUCAAGCCAGACGCACAACCUGUACAACAUCCACCUCGAGCAGUACCUGAGAAGAAGAAAGCAGCAUACAAAGAAGAGCUUGAAAGAUUGCGCAGUUCGGGAAUCAUUGAACCAGUUCAGGGAGACACAGACUGGAUCAACAGCGUCGUUCCUGUCUCUAAGCCUGAUGGAUCAAUUCGACUAUGCCUAGAUCCAAAGGACCUUAACAAGAGCAUCAAAAGGAACCAGUAACACACAAAAACUAUCUAUGAAGUUAGUGCUGAACUCCACGGAGGAAAACAUUUUACACUUGUUGAUGCCAAGUCAGGGUACUGGAUGGUAGAAUUGGACAAUGAAAGUUCACUCUCAACUACCUUCAACUCUCCAUGGGGGAAAUACAGGUGGCUCCGACUUCCCUUUGGUCUUAAAGUCAGCGUAAACGUAUUUCAGGAGAGGUCGAAUGCAGGCCUUAAAGAAGUAAAAGGAAUCACGGGAUGCAUCGACGACAUCAUCACGAGAGGGGUAGAUUCCAAGGAUCAUGACGAAAAUCUACUCCAGUUACUCGAAACGGCACGAAUGAACGGAAUUAAGUUCAAUCCAAAGAAGCUGCAGUUUAAAACAACCAAGUGCGAUUUCUUCGGACAGACCAUCACGCCAAAGGAUAUGAAGGUCAACGACAAAAGGUCGAGGCCAUCAAACAGAUGAAAGCGCCAAAGGACAAGAAAGCUCUGCAGAGUUUCCAGGGAAUGGUCAAUUAUUUGAAGCGCUACUUAGCCAAGUUGACGAGACUAUUCAAACCACUCAAACCGCUGCUUCGGGAAGAAACGGAAUGGACCUGGGACUCUUCCCAUCAAGAUGCCUUCGAUGCCAUCAAAGAAGAGCUCUCCAGGACCCCAGUACUCGCGUACUUUGACUGGAAAGAAGAACACGUUAUUCAGACUGACGCUUCCAUGUAAGGAUUAGGUGCCGUACUGCUGCAAGAAGGAAAACCAGUGAUCUACGUAUCCAGAUCUCUCACUCCCGCUGAGGAACGCUAUUCCAACAUCGAGAGGGAAUUGCUAGAGGUGGUGUCCGCCAUGGAGAGGCUUCACAGCUAAGUAUUUGGUGAACCAAUCAGAGUUCAAACAGAUCACAAACCUCUAGAAAUGAUUUGGAAGAAGACUAUUGCCACUGCCAGCCCGAGACUUCAACGACUUCUUCUGAGGCUUGCAACAUACGAAAUUCAAGUCGAGUACAUCUGUGGGAAGGACAACUCAAUUGCAGACGCCCUGAGACGAGUCGAUCCUCUCAGUCCAAAGCCUAUGGACUCAAAGCAGGUGGAUGUGAUUCCAGUGCAUCACAUCACUUUAACUGUUCCAGCCACAGACAACCGACUGGACAGAACCAGAAUUGCCACCACUGCUGAUCCAGCCUUGAACCAGUUAAGGCAUUACAUCUUUCACGGUUGACCGCCUCAGAGGCAGCAACUCUCAGAACGAUUGCAACAAUAUUGGAAUUACCGUGAAGAACUUGCAGUUGAAGAUGGCCUGAUAUUCAAAGCACAUCGACUUGUGAUUCCAACUUCACUGAGAGCAGAGUGUCUAACGGAUCUUCAUGCGGGCCACUUAGGAGAAGAGAAAACUCUGUUGAGAGCACGAGAGAUAGUCUUUUGGCCCGGAAUCUCGGAUGAUGUGAGAAAUGCAGUUAAAUUAUGUGACGUAUGCAUGAAAUACAAGCCUGCUCAACAGAAGGAACCACUAGUACCGCAUGAUGUGCCCAGCUUGCCAUGGUUCAAACUUGGAGUUGACAUAUUUGGGCAUCGUUCUCACCACUACCUGCUGGUUGCCGACUACUUCAACAAGUUCCCUUUCGUAAAGAAACUGACCAGUCAGACGGCGGGACACGUGAUACGUCUUCUCAAGACAAUAUUUUCAGAAUAUGGGGUACCAGCAACGGUGUACACAGAUCAGGGAACCCAGUUCGUGUCCCAAUAAUUAAAAAAAUUUGCCCUGCAGUACAGAUUCGAAGUGCAACACUCUAGCCCAAGGUAUCCUCAGUCGAAUGGUUUCAUUGAGGCCAUGGUCAAAGUCGUAAAGGGCGUAAUGGAGAAGGCCGAAGAGUCGGGUUCUGAUCCACAUCUUGCAAUGCUGAUUUAUCGUGAGACCCCAAUCAGACCGGGUCAGCUCAGCCCAGGAGAGAUGCUUUCCUAGCGGAAAUAUAGAGCACUCCUUCCUAUCCAUCAAUAUUUGCAUCCCAAUCUAGAGAUCAGCAGGGAGGAGCAAAUAGCACAGAAACAAGCCCAACGUGAUGACUACGAUCGGACAGCCAAGAAACCUCAAGAUCUACAACAAUUUCAGAGUGUCCGGUUCCAGUUAGAUCCCAAGAAACCAAUCUGGCAGAAAGCCGCGGUGGUACGGCAGCCAAGUGAAAGUUCGCCCAGGCGAUAUGAGGUACAGACUGAAUCCGGUGCUUGGUACUUCAGGGAUCGUCGCCAUAUUCGUUCAGCGAUUAAGAUCCAACCAGAAGAAUUGUACCAGGCCCCAUCAAUUCCCGGAACAGAACCAAAGUUUCCAAGACCUGGACUUGUCAAACAUCUCAGCUCAACAGCAGCUGAUGUCGCUGACCAGCCAUCACAAAAGCCAUUGCUCAAACAGUGUGUGCCGGGAAAGACCUCGGUCGGAAUUGCGUUGUCUCGUCCACGACAUGCUAUUAGACCACCUACGAGACUAAUUGAACAAAUCUAACAAUUUAAGAGAAAUGUACUUGUAGUGUGUCGUAUAAGUAAUUGUUGCUGUAAUAGCUUUUCAUGACAAGAAUAUCAUUAGUUUUCUUUUCUUUUGUUUGUGAACGUGUGACAAGUUUUCGUAUCAGCAUCUCAACUUUAGCGCAUACGAGGGUGUGAAAUGUGUUCCAACUUUAGAGUACACGGGUGCAAGAAUCCUAUGCUAAGUUUUCUAGUCACUGAUGUCAUCAUCUCUAAAGGAGGGGGGAUGUUGGAAUACGCUAUUGCAUAUUCAAUUAGCCGACGAUUGUUUAGAUCGUUAUUCCCAGUACAGACCAUUCGUUGUUCCGAUUCAAUUAGCUGCAGAUCACGCUAAAAUUAUAAUUCAUUGUGCAGUGUAACUUUGUAGUGAAAACCGUUAGGACGCUGAAUAAACGUCGCUCGUCAAAAAGUUGUCUUGUCAAGAUAUUUCUUCUUUCUGGAAGCAGAAAGUGCAUGAGGAAACUGCUGUUCUCGUUGCCGUCGCCGUCGUCGUUGCGUAAAUGCCCUAUUUAAGGUUGGCCAAGGACGAGAAGUAAUUACAGUGAAUUGUUCAUAGCCUCAAGAAUGGCCUAUUAUUACGAUAUCGCAUGCAAGGUUUCAAUCGAAGUCCGUGUGCCUCAGUUGCUUAAUAUCACUCCGAAUUUAUCCUUAACGUUGCUUUAUUAGAUCUCCCCCUUACCACGCGAGCGAGAUUUUAUUUUCCCCUUCAUCUGUUCAGAAUUAGAUCACAGAUGACGUCAAAAUGUUGCAAGUCUUACCACAUUUUGACGUCCUUUGUGAUCCCAUUAUUAGAGAGCUUUUGAUUCUAAGACGAGGACGACAACGAGAACGAGAUUUUCUCAAUACUAAGUAGUGCGCGCGCGCGAACCAACGUCAUUUUGGCGGGAAAAUGUGAUAGCCGUCGUUAUUCUACUACAAGUUUUAAAGAAAAUGUCGUAGUGGCGAAAACAAGUCAUCAACUGUCAGGAAUUUUAUCAUUUAGCGGUCGGGAGGGGACUUUACCUCCUUCAAAGGAAAUAAGCGAACGAACUUUUGUGGUGGAAAACGUAAAAUGGAGCUUCCCGGUGUGCUUAUUUUUAGAGAACUAUAGGCUAGAAAACUUAAAACUAAAUGUCUUCCUCGUAGUCGUCCUCGUUCUCGAAUUUAAAGCUCUCUAUUGAACAAACGCAGGGGAACAUGAACUGAUCUAUUUGCCUAAUACAAUGAACAGCGGGAAAGAAAAACGACUCAAUUGACUUGUGGCGUACGCGGCUGUUUGAUUUGUGCCGGCUACGGCAUUUUUGGCCCAAUUUUCAAGUCACCGACACUGCUUUUCAUAUUGGCUUCUACCUGUCUUCAGCUGUUUCUUCUUUAUUGUACUUGUUAAGAGCUUCUUCAAAACUUCUCCUGAGCCUUUCACUUGCUCUAAGUAGAAUAAUCGCGUAGACAUUUUGAACACUGGGAGUAUAAGUCUCUCUCUUAGCGAGGACAACCACUUUGAAGAUUUGUUUCAGUUGAGGGAUUUUCAACUGUUUAAGAACGCUUUACUUUUCGGGUUCUUAUUUUUCUUAUUUUGUGGACAAAACAAAGAAAAGAGUCUAUUGUAACGUCAUUCGUGUAUCUUGGGGCAACGAUCAAUCAAGGUGUAUAACUUCUGUUAAGAAAGUCAUGCUUCUUUCCCGCGCGCCUAAUUAACCUCACAGAUGUUAUAAAUAUCGCACCAACCUCGUUUUCUCCGUCCUACUGUAAGUUGGGUAUCCUCGUUUUUUCCCAUUGAUUUAUUGCCCGGGGGCUUCGGGCUUUGGCGAUAAAUUAACGGGAAAAAAAAUCCGUCCGCAACUUACAGUUCGGACCUCGAACUUGGUUAGUAAGAGGUAUUUAUCCCCUGGUCAACAACAGAAACGAGUCAGAGUUCUAAGACUUAGAGUAACAGGCUCGGUAUGCUAGUGUAGGUCGCUAGUAACAGUUUAAGAACGAGUCACAAGAAAACGAUGCUUAAGAUCAUGAAAAGUCUUUAACCUCUCUCUACUUAAGUCUUUUCAACUGUCCGACUUACCUUUCGAUAAGCUUUACAUAACCGCUUAUGCGGGUGCCGUAAGUUUAUUUGCAUGGUGUGUGACCUCUUAUAGAAUAAUUUUUGUUUUUAAGAGCACAGAUGAGGAAAAGAGAGGGUGAACUACCUGCGGUUACAGAUGGUGAGUGUACAAUUCCUUCGCAUGUUGUACAGGUAGAUGCGUGUAACGGUAGCCUGCGUAGCAAGCGUUUCCAGUUGAGUGAUUGCGCGAAAGUUAGAGCGAGAGCCCCCCCCCCCCAAAAAAAAAAUGGAAGGGGGAGGGGGAAAGAGGAUACGCUUGCCCACAAACCCCACGAUUCUGGAAACGCCCCUUGAUAUUUCGCGGUUCUCGUGUAAUGAAAAAGUUCCUUUUUGGUACAUUUGAGAGACGGAAUGAUGUUUUAGUUUAAUCAAUCUCCAAGUGAAACAAUCCAUUAUAUCUCUACAGUUAUUUGUUUUUGUUGCUGGUGCUGGCAACGCUGAAGUGCCAUCCCAAUAACCUCCUUUUCGCCGUAUUUUCCCUUUCAUUGGCUGUCUCUGUUCUUCGUUUUUUUUGUUGAAAGACGUUUGAUGAAUAUGUUUAUCAAUUAGGGAUAGUGCAUUAUAGCUAAAUGUGUUGUCUUUCCUUCUUUGAAAAUUCUAGAUCCGAAAAAACAGGAUGUUGCUUCCUUAACGGUUUUACCGGAAGGAGAGGAUACAGAGGGUGAAAUACCUGCAGAUGGUAAGUGUAUAACAUUGUUGUUGUUUGUACAGGUACUAAAAUGACGGCGUUGAACUACAACUUACAACUGACUUACCGUCACUUUGCCAGUCAUGGACCAAAUGAUUGCAGACCAUAAGCAAAUGAAUGAGCAAACGUAACUUAUACAACGUCUUCUGUGGACCACAGUUGGAAUUAUUGAUGUGAAAAUGUCCAUAACCUCUGUAAUCUGUCUAGUUUUUGGCAAUUAAGUGAGCAUAUCUAAUAAGGCGAUUGGCAGCCGAGCUGGCCUGUUUUUUCAGGGUGGCUGGCUUAGGGGAGGUGAUUUUUUUGCUGGUAUUACAUGAGGGGAGGUAGAUUAGAACAGGCCAAUUUUUGUCGCGAAGAUUCUUUUUCGUGACACGCCUAAAGAAGAAUGAUCCAAAGGAUUCUUAUUAUACCUUUCUCCAGCAUUCUGUUUGUUUGAAUUCAAGUAAAUCGCAGAUAAAUUUCAAACCUUGCCUUGGUAUUGGAGGAGGGGGAAGAUGAGUUCUUCCCUAAUCAUUUUUCUUCUUUGAUUAGUCAUCAGUGCUGAUUUAUGAAAUAUGAACUUUUCUGCGGUUUCUCCACUAUUCAGACCGUUUGGAAACAGAAUGACUUCUUGAUGCCAAAUUUUCCCAUUUAUUAGGUGUCUUUCACUGUUUUGUUUGUUGGAAGGCGUUUGAUAAGUGGGACAGUGUAGAUAAAUGUGUUGUUGUUUCUUUGAAAAUUUUAGAUCCAGGAAAAGAAGAUGUCGCUUCUCUAACGCCUUCUACAGCUGCACCCGGUGAAUGUGCAAUUUUGUCGUAUUUCUUUUUUUUUUCAUGCGUGUAACAUCUUUGUACUUAUAAUAACUUUUCCAAGAUGUUGAAAUCAUGAAUCAAACGAUUGCAGACUAUAAGCAAUUGAAUCAGUGAUCAAAAGUUACUCGGAUUCCCUUUCGUUCUGAAUAUUCCACUCUGAUUAGUUCUGUACAUUUUAAGUUUGAGAUGUGUGGACGUCAUUUUAGAGGUGACAUAUUCUGAAUAAUCAUUUGAUUGAUAUCCGGCCACACGAUAAACAUUUCAUUUCGGUGAAUUUCAGUCCGGUAUUACAUGAGGCGAGCCAGCCUGAGACAAGCCAUGUUUUGACAUAAAGGUUUUUACAUGGGACCCAAGCCCCUGUAUUUAGGCUCUAUAAGUGACACAAUCCUAGAUAUCUCUAUAGUCUUUCGUUUUUGUUUUUGUUGCAGAUGCUGGCAAUGAUAGACUAUCUAUCCCAAAAGCUCCUCUCCUUUCCUUUUAAGGGCGUUUCCAAAGUUAUUCAUCCUUACAAAAACAGGCCAAGCUACUGCUUUAUUAUAAUUAUGACUGAUUUGGAAGUGAUCUCCAAAUAGCCAUGUUAACCUGGCUUUUAUCUAAAUUGAAUUGUCAUUGGUUUUACUCAAUAACUUAAGUGUAAUCUGGAGAUAAACUCCUUCUUCUUUGUUUUUCUUCUUUGAGCAAUCAUAUGCAUUGGUGCUUUGCAUCCAUGAUAACGUGUCUAUAAACAAUGAAUCUGUACGGAUUUGCAGAGUUCUUAGGGCCAGUCUGAACAUUCUGUAGUUUCUUCACCAUUCAGGCAGUUUUCAGAACAGGAGGACUGAAUGCCAUAUAAUCCCUUUUGUUGGUGUCUCUGAUUGUUUUGUUUGUCGGACGGCGUAUGGUGAACAUGUUUCCGCGUUUUUUGUCAAAAAAGGAUUUCAUAUACGGUAUAUUUAAAGUGUGGUGUCUAGGAAAUAACCUCUGUGAGAAAUACGCUUUUACUUUUAUUCAGCACUCGAGAAGCACGUUUUGAUUAAUUUCAACACAAGCAUAUAACCCUGAAGCGUCCUAAUUCCCCUUAUUGCUCAGGCGUUUCCAUGGGAACGACCCGUGCUAUAAAAUGGGAAGGGAUGUGUUCUUCUGGCACAAAUCGCUUUCUCGCGCCCUCAGCGUUCCAAACCAGAGCACAGAGCACAUGGCUGCCUGAAACAUGGUGAGCAAAGGCAUCUCUGUUCGGUUUACAAUAAAAGAUGGGAGCAAAUGGUUCAGUUCCGUCAGAGAUUGACUAACUCUUCUAAGUGAACCUUAAUUAUCAAGAAGCCCCCUUGAAGUAGUAAGCUCUCAAAGGAAUUGGAACAGAGUGUUUCUGAAUUCUGAUCAACUCAAGAGUCUUUUGAAGAUACUAGGAAUGCCUAUCGUUAUCUAGCAUUACUCUAAACUCACUGAAAAGGGACAGAUUCUGAUCGUGCAAACUGUCGUCUCAAAAGUCUAAUUCAACGACGAGUUGAUUAAAAUUUCCGAGAAGCGGAACUACUGUUACAGUGCUACUGUUUAUAUUUUUUACUAUAUGAAAGAAUGGUGUACUUUAGUGUAUUGAACAGAGCACUUGCCAGGCUAUAUUUUUCUCUCUAGAACAAAGUAUUCUUGUAUAUGGAAGAGGAACGGGAAAUCAUUGUUUUCGACUGAUAAAUAUUUGUCAUGCUAUAAAUUCACGACCUAAUUGCACUCGUAUCUUCGAACAAUAUGGCUUUCCAGCUUUACUCUAGAGAAUAGAUUGGUACCUUUAGAAAAGUCCGCAUGCUCACGGGAAAAAAUCACAACUAAUUGCUUGGUUGAAAGGUACCUAAGAUUAUGUAGUUCACGAGACAAUCGUUCACUUCAAUCACUUCUUGAUUAUCACUCUGACCUUGUAGUGGUUUCUAUGUAACCAUAGUUUAACACCUAACAGCGCUCGAGUAAUCUUCUGGUAGGUUAAAGGGAAACGGGAUCUAUGUCUAACUGAUCACCUCUUCACUUUGACCAAUUGAGACUCAAGAGAAGAGAACAUUGCUACUUCCGCUGUGUCAUCAGACGAACAGGAACCAGAUAGGGGUAUAGCGUAAAGUUCCAUUUACUUCGUCAAUGUUUUAAAUUAUCUUGUAUGUAAGAGAAUUUUUUUCGCGUGAAUUGAAUCCAGAAAAAAAAAACAUAAACAUACAUGAUUACUACUUUCAAGUUUCAACAUCCUCCUCUCGCAAAUAGCUAGGCUAAUUGAGUUGGGCUAUGGAAAAGAUAUAGUGCACAUUCACUAGGAAAAAAACAAAAUGAAAAGAAAAAAGAGAACAGAACUAUAAAAUGUACAAGAAGGUACGCCCUACCUUUUGCCGAUACAAGGUUACGAAACUUAUUGUACAUUUUAUGUCGGCUUAAUCAAUCAAUGCGAUAGGGUUGCCCCGAGUAUCCGAGCUGCAGGCUCAUGUAUGAAGCGCAUGACAAUCAUAAUUAACUAGUAGUAACCAAAAGUUACGUAGUGCGGGCGACAACGAUCGAAGGUGAAAACGCUUUUGCUCCAACGCUGUGCUUGGUGUAAAUUUCACAUGACAGAUGGUCAAAACAAGCGCGAUCAGAUUACGAGUGAUAGAAGGUUCAAACGUGCGUAAUCAAAUUGCGUUAUGUGCAUUCCGUUCAUUCUUAGUGGACGUCCAAAUGAAUUCUGGCUACAUUCUCGACCCCAGUGCUUAGGGGUCUGGGAAUGCGCGCGUAACUACAUACAUGCGCAUGCGUAAUAACAACCCGGAGGUUAGGAUUGCGUCUUGUCGCCCGCAAUAAUAAUAUAAUGUCUGAAAAUAAUAAUAAUUUAAAAGGUUACAAAUAUAUAAGACAAUAAUAAUAGUUCUUCUUACUCGCGAUCGCCCAGAGCAAUUCCCCUCUUUUUUUGUAUGCAGUUUUCAAUGGAAUCAAACCACUAUGAGAUGAAGCCGCGUUCCCAAAGCUUAUCAUUUUCUUAAAAUAUCAGCGAAUUGUGUGGCUAGCAUGCUAUUUCACUGUUUUUAUGAUUCUUAAAACUGCAUUUCAAAAUAUUUCGAAAACGCUCUCAUAGAAUUUGAACUUUGCCAUAAUGGAGGCAAUUAUGGCAGGUACAUACUCCCUUAAGCAAUUUCUUCAAAAAACUCCUGGUACAGAGAAACACAAAGAUAAAUGAAAAACGUAAUGGCGUCAUUACGUUGCCAUGGCGACUCCGAUUACAUAAAACCCAGAUCACAAGAAAUUUUCAUCUUUAUAUAAUACAGCUGUGGUAACCUUUUUUCCAUAUCUUUACUCAUGCCGACGUAGUUAAUGCUCAAACUGGGGAGGUAUCAACCCCAAAAAUCCAGUCGAGCCACCUUAAAUGUGUGGUUAGGGAGAACUCAAAUACUUUGAGGACUACUGUUCCACAUUCUUGCGUCGAAUCUCGAAAAAGGUCGAGAAGAACAAUUAUAGAUUGAGAGAUAUCGCUGUGCUUUAGUAUCACAUUUCCAUGCUAGGAAAUUUUUGUGCCUUUGUUAGUUGCGAUAUUGGAAACUAACUGUUUUUCUAAACACAUUUCCAAUUGCAAUUUAUGCUAAAUCUUGAUUUUUUACGCUUUCGAUACAUCUAAAAAACGGCUCGAUAGCAUUCUUUUAAAAAAAUCGUCACAUAAUGUUUAUGACUUUUAUAACAUUGUCACAAGUUUAUCUUCUCAGCGAUUACCAUUUCAAAAGCUCUUCGUUUUCUUAACUGCCGAACAUCAAGAUCUUGUCCAAGUUAUACUGAGUUUCCAACCAUAAAAACUUCAUCCCAAAAUAUCUCGAUAACGCUGUAUUAGACUUAGCUCAAACUUCCAUUAUAUUGACGUCAGGGACGUCAUCAUUGUCGUUGCUCAAGGUCCCAAAUGAGUGCUCUCAAGAUGGAUUUCCACUGUCGCGUAAUUUUUGUGUGCGUACAUAUAACAGAGGUAUGCAGGUAAACGGGGUAUUAUAAAUGACGUGGGUUCCUUACUAACAGCCUGUGCGUAUUAACUUGGUGUGCAUAAUUGGGUAUCGGUAUUGUUUGGUAUAUAUUCCCGAAUGUGCACUUUUAAAAGCGGAGCACUUUUAUAAAGUUGAUGUCUGCUUUCACUGGUUGUCUUCUUUGAUUAGGUGUCCAUAUGAACGUUGUGUUCGCGGUAAUAGGGGUCUCCGUAUUUAUGCAGGGUCUGAUUAAACGUGGCCUGUGUAUUUCAAAGUCGAUAUAUAGCACAAAUGUUGUUGUGGCAAUUUUAUGAACUGGUUUUACCAUAGUAACGGGUUUGUCCGUAUCACAGCGGUCGGAAUUUUAACGGUUUUUUCCGCCUUACGAUGCUCCCGGAUCAGUUCUCUCAUACAUAAUUUUUUCCUUAGUGUCCGCAUCACCGGAGUGUCAGUUUUUAAUGGCUCGCCGGUUCUGAGACAAUUUAUGCUUUUUAUUGUUUUACUAACGUUACGCUAGUGUUUCGGCGAGAAAUUAUAUCCAGCAACUUAGGUUAUCAUGAUUUAAUGUUGAGGUGUUUCCUUUUUUUGCAGUUGAAGUUAGAGAAGACCUCGAGCAGAUGAGAAAAGGAAUAGAAGAGUUGAAUAUCUCAAAGACAAAGGAAGAACGAAAUGAAGGUCGGUUUCAGCCCUAAAAGAAAAAGCUUAGUUAAGGUGUUUUAUGUACAGAAUGGUAUCAUAACUGGUGGGUUUUAUGAGCCAGCUCAGUUCUUGUUAUUCCGGCCGGUAAAAAAGUUGCGCUCUGUACGUGAGGAAUUGGAUAGGCCCGGGAGGGGGAGGUAUAGAUUCAACCUUUGUGGUUUUAAAUAUUGUUUGAUUUAGCGUGGAAAUCGGGGAAUGGAUAAGCUCUCGAAAAACACGCUUUGAAAACCAAGGAGUCCAUGAAACAUUCAUUCAUUGCACUACUAUGAUUGAUUGAGGAUUCUUGGACAAGUAACCUCUUGGUUGCUCGCAAAAGUUAAACCUCAACUUCCUAGCUGUUAUGAAAUGAGAAAUGCCUGGGAGCGCAAAACUGUGGAAACUAAGUGUCUUUGAGUUAUCUGUUUAGUCAAGUCUAGCGGAACAAACCUUUGUUAAGGUGUUUUGAAACAGUUUUUCUGUCCUUAACUCACUGGUGUAUUUUGUUUGACUCGCACUUUGUAAUUAACCCUAUCGGGGUAUCCACUGGCUUAAUUUACCUUCUGUUCUUAUUCAUCUACACACAUAUAUGUAUAUUUACACAAACUUUUUUGUGUUUACUAUUGUAAAUUAAUGAUUUUGAGUGGGUAACUGUAUAUUUAUAGCUACUGUCCACUUAUGAUCUAUGUGUGGGGUUCAAGAAAAAAGCGAUUGAAGAAAAAAGUUAAUAACAUAAAUGGUACCCCUUUCGUACUUUCCAUUGGAAAAUGGUACCCCUUUAACAUACCUGUCUUUUUCAGUCGACCUUUAAGGCUUUUAAGAAUUGUAAAAAAGCCGAUCAUUAAGAAAUUGUCACCACCAACUGAUUUUGGAUUGAAGGUUGGCACGAUAUAGUUUGAAGUAAAAUCGACAUUACUAUGGCAACAAUUAAUAAACGAAAAACUGAAUUGAGUUAAAGACGAAUUUGUACGAUAAUGACCUGCCAUGGAAAAUUCGACAUAAUGAACUUCUAGUGUGGUGUUUGGCAAAUAACCUCUGUGAAUACAAAAAAUUCUGUUUUAAUUCAAAUAGAUUGUACAAAGUUCCAACCUCGCAUUAGGCAUUUCAGGUUUUUCAGUGGGAAGGAGUGAAUGUUGUCAAAUUCAUGUUCUUCUAUAACCAUUUAUCGGUGCUUUCUACCUAUAAUAACGUAUCAGUAAACAGGCUGUACGGAUUUUCAGAGUUCGUCAGGCCCAGUCUGAACGUUUUGCAGUUCCUUCCCCAUUUAGACAGUUUACAGAACGACUGGAUGCCAUAUUUCCCUUUAAUUGGGUGUCUUUGAUUAUUUUGUUUGUCAGAAGGUGUUUGAUAUACUGUACAUGUUUCCGCGUUUUUCCCUGUCAAAAGUUGAUAGUGCGGAGCAGUGCAGUGCAGCCCGGAAUCCUAAUCUCGAGGUUGCUAUUGCACAUGCGCGGCAAGUAUGUAGCCAGCAUCAUUCUCGAACCCAGUGCUUCCCUCCAUGAUCGUCAUGUGCAGAAGAGCUCUUGGGUCGAGAUUGUAGCCAGCAUUAGUGUGUACUUCCACUAAGAAUGAAUGGUGUGCAUAGAACGCAAUCUGAUCACGCACGUUUGGACCUUCUUUCUCUUGUAAGUUAAUCACGCGCGUUUUGACCUUCUAUCACGUGAAACUUACGUAAAGUACAGCGUUGGAACGAGAGUGUUUGCCUUGAUCCUACCCGCACUUCAAUCCUAACCUUUUGUUUUUACUCGUGGCUAAUUGUGUCCCAAUGUAUGGGUCUUCAUAGCUCAGGUGGUAGACCACCGCAGCGCUAACGUAGAGGCCAUCGGUUCGAAUUCCGUUGAAGUCCCGAAAUUCUUUUUUUUUUCGGGUGAAUUUACAAUUCAGAACUUAAAUUGCCAUUACCAUUGCGACGAUGAUAUCGUCAUUUUAAAUUUCUAUUUUUGCCGUUGACAUCCUCUUCUUCGGAUAUUCUAGAUCCGAGAAAACCGGAGGUAGCCUUUACAACGGCUUCGUUUGAAGGAGAGCAGGCAAUGCGUAAAGAUGUGGAGUGUGAAAUACCUGCACCUGCGGUUUGCGGAUAGUAAGUGUAUAAUUUCGUCCUAUUUUAUUCAGGGGAAUGCGUAUAACAACAACAACAACUAACUGAUUUAUCAUUGUCAUUAUACCCAUAAAUACUCCUCUAAAACUUAUCAUGGGACCAAACGAGACCAUAAGCAAUUGAAUGACAACAAUUAACUGAUAUUUUCCUCACGUAUAGAAUGUACCUCUCUCAUUUUGUCGAUUUAGGUUUGGAAACUAGCAUCGUUUAACGGUCUUUAACAACGAUACCACUUUGAAAUUAUUGAUGUGAAAAAUGUCAUUAACGUUUGUAAACAAUCAAUAGAUCGAUAUUCGACGACUGAUGAAUACCCCACCCCGACCCCGCUCUAUCUUGUUUGAAGCAAUGAAGUUAAGGUGCUUCCGUUAUUAUUGGGGACGCAGUGACCUACGACAAACAUUGUCUGAUAACUUUUUCGGUUUAAACCGGACCGCUAGGAAACUUUGAGAAAACCUGCAGCCAUCUUUGAGGAAAGUUCAGGGAAGUAUGUAAAAUUGAAUCGCAAGUGGACCCCACUUUAUCAAUUUUUUGCCUUUAAUUUCUACUAUCAGGUUUUUAAUGAUAUUUUAAUUUGGCAAUUAUGGAAUGAGGCUGAGUAUGACCUGAAGAUUUAUGCAGAUCGAGGAGGAUGUUAUCAGCCGAGUUAAGGUGGCUCGGUAGGGUUUUUGAGGGUCAAUGCCUCCCAAGUUUGAGCAUAAACUACGUCACCACUAACAAAGAUUUAGAAUAACUUGUCCAAGAUGUUUAAAUCAGGGAUCAAACGAUAGCAGACUAUAAGCAAUUAAAUCAGUGAUCAAAAGUAACUCGGAUUCCCUUUCGUACUGAAUAUUCCACUCUGAUUAUUUUCCCAUUUAUUAGGUGGCUUUCAUUGUUUUGUUUGUUGGAAGGCGUUUGAUAAACAUGUGGGAGGGACAGUCAAGAGGACAGCCUAGAUAUUAAAUCUGUUCAUGUUUCUUUGAAAAUUCUAGAUCCAGGAAUACAAGAUGUUGCUUCUCUAACACCUUCCCCGGAAGACGAGGAUACGAAGGAUAAGGAUGUGAAGGGUAAAAUACCUGCAGGUACAGCUGCACCCGGUGGGUGUUUUAUUUUGUCGUAUUUCUUCGUCGUACUUAUAACAACUCGUCCAAGAUGUUUAAAUCAUGGAUCAAAUGAUAGCACACUAUAAGCAAUUAUAUCAGUGAUCAAAAGUAACUCUGAUUCCUUUUCGUACUGAAUAUUUCACUCUGAUUAGUUUUGUACAUUUUAAGUUUGAGAUGUUUUCGUCAUCGUUCUAGAAGUGACAUAUUGUGAAUAAUCAUUUGAUUGAUAUCCGGCCCUAUGAUGAACGUUUCUUUGGUUUUAGGCAAUUAAUUAAUUGGGCAUUGAAAGCCGGGUGGGCCUGCUUUGCCAAGUUGGCUUGGUGUUUUAUGGAGGUGAAUUUCAGCCCGAUAUUAGAUGAGGCGAGCUAGCCUGGGACAAGCCAAAGGUUUUAACAUGGGACCCAAGGCCCUGGAUUUAGGCUCUAUAAGUGACAUAAUCCUAGAUACCUCUAUAGUCUUUUGUUUUUGUUUUUGUUGAAGAUGCUGGCAAUGAAAGACUAUCGAUUUUAUAAGCUCCUCCCCUUCCCUUUUGAGUGCAUUUAUAAAGUUAUUUAUUCUUACACAAAUACGCCUAGCCACUGCUUUAUUGAUUUAGAAAUGAUUGCCAGAUAGCCAUGUUAACCCGGCUUUUUACUCAGUACAAUUGUAUCAUUGGUUUUACUCAAUAACUUCAGUGUAACCUUGAGGUGAACUCCGUCUUGUUUGUUUUUCUUCUUUGAACAAUCAUUGGUGCUUUGCAUCCAUAAUAACGUGUCUGUAAACAAUGAAUCUGUGCGGAUUUGCAGAAUUCUUAGGGCCAGUCUGAACGUUUUGUAGUUUCUUCACCAUUCAGACAGUUUUCAGAACAGAAGGACUGGAUGCCAUAUUUUCCCUUUCGUUGGUGUCUCUGAUUGUUUUGUUUGAUGGACGGCGUAUGAUGAACAUGUUUUCCGCGUUUUUUGUCAAAAAAGGAUUUUGUAUACCGGUAUCUUGAUUUAAAGUGGGGUGUUUAGGGAAAAACCGAAGUGCGAAAUAAUUUACUUUUAUACAGCACUCAAGAAGCACGCUUUGAUUAAUUUCAACAGAAGUAUAUAGUUACCCUUAAGCGCGUAAAUUCCGCUUAUUUGCUUAGAACCAUGCUUAGGUUUUUUUAGCCGUCCAAUCAGAAGCAAGAAAAUUUUCUUGCUCUAAUGUGGAAUCAGAGAAUUGAAGGCUUCUUUGUCUAUGAAAUAGCUAAUCUCGGAAUUUUCCAAUCCUUAACACUUCUCCAAGUAAUUCCAUACCUUAAUAUUGAGCAGUGAAACGUUUUACAUCAAUUUUAUAUAAAAUAAUCAAGAGUUAUAUGCUUCUGAUUUUAAGCUCUUCGCAAAUGUACACGUAAGUCAAAACAGCUACUGGGUAGCUAGAAACACGAGUAUGUACGGUGCAACAGAGCAUCGAGUUUUGGGUCGGGUCUGAAAUAGGGUAGGAAAAAUCAAAUAUUGUGGUUUGAAAUAGCUUUCAAGUUGCAAGAAGCAUGCUGCACAAUCGGUAAAUGGCAAUCUCGUAAAUUUUGCGCGAUCGUGACCUGCCAUGAAAAAUUCGACAUCAAGAACCUAAAGUUUUGUGUUUGGCCAAUAACCUAUAUGAAAUUAAAACCAUUUUGUAAAUUUCUUAGAAUUCAAAUAUAUUACAGAUAAAUUUCAAACCUUACAUUGGUAUUGAAAGGGGUGGUGGGAGGGGUGGGGGGAGAUGAAUUCUUUCGUAAUUCAUUUUUCUUCUUUGACCAAUUAUCGGUGCUUUAUAUCUGUAAUAGCAUUGCAGUAAACAAUCUGUACGGAUUUGCGAAAUUGCUCAAGCCCUGUUUGAAAUUUUCUACGCUUUCGCCACUAUUCAGACCCUUGGCAGAAAAGAAUGACUUAUUGAUGCCAAAUUUUCCCAUUUAUGAGGUGUAUUUCAUUGCGUCUUUUGUUGAAAAGGUGUCACAAGAGGGACAGUCUAGAUAAAUGUGUUCAUGUUUCUUUGAAAAUUCUAGGUCCAGGAACACAAGAUGUUGCUUCUCUAACACCUUCCUCUGAAGGAGAGGAUACGCAGGAUAAGGAUGUAAAGGGUGAAAUACCUGCAGGUGCAGCUGCACCCGGUGAGUGUUUUAUUUUGUCUUACUUCUUAUACUUUUGGGGGUGUAUCAUUGUCGUACUUAUAACAACUCGUCAAAGAUGUUGAAAUCUUGGAUCAAACGAUAGCAGACUAUAAGCAAUUAAAUCAGUGAUAACUCGGAUUCCCUUUCGUACUGAAUAUUUCAGUUUGAUUAGUUUUGUACAUUUUAAGUUUGAGGUUUGUCUACAUCGCUUUAGAAGUGACAUAUUGUGGAUGGUCAUUUGAUUGAUAUCCGACCCUACGAUGAACAUUUCUUAUAAGCAAUUAAUUAAUUGGGCAUUGACAGUCGGGUUGGCCCUCUUUUCCAAGUUGGCUCGGUGUUUUAUGAAGAUGAAUUUCAGCCUGGUAUUACAUGAGGCAAGCUAGCCUGGGACAACCAAGUUUUGACGAAAAGGUUUUAACAUGGGACCCAACCCCGUGUAUUUAGGCUCUAUAAGUGACACAAUCCUAUUGUAGAUAUCUCUAUAGUCUUUUGUUUUUGUUGCUGAUGCUGACAAUGAUAGAGCAAUUAUCGGUGCUUUGCAUCCGUAAUAACGUGCCUGUAAACAAUGAAUAUGUACGGAUUUGCAGAGUUCUUAGGGCCAGUCUGAACGUUUUGUAGUUUCGUGACCAUUUAGGCAGUUUUCAGAACAGAAGGACUGGAUGCCAUAUUUUCCCUUUCGUUGGUGUCUCUGAUUGUUUUGUUUGUUGGACGGCGUAUGAUGAACAUAGUUUCCGCGUUUUUUGUCAAAAAAGAAUUGGCAAAAAAAAUUGUAUACCGGUAUAUUUAAAGUGUGGUGUUUAGGGAAUAACCUCUGUGAGAAAUACGCUUUUACUUUUAUUCAACAAUCGAGAAGCACGCUUCCGUUAAUUUCGACAGAAGCAUAUAACCCUGAAGCUUCCAAAUUCCGCUUAUUUGUUGAGAACCAUGCUGAGGUUUGUUUUAGCCGUCCAAUCAGAAGUAAGGAAAUUUUCUUGCUCAAAUAUCAGAAAAUGAUAAAGGCAUCCCUGUCAAAAUAGCUUAUCUCGGAAUCUUACAUAACUCAAUAUUUGCGCUGAUCCGUUUUACAUCAAUUUUACAUAAAAUAAUCAAGAGUUAUAUGCUUCUGAUUUUAAGCUCUUCGCAAAUGUAGACGCAAGUCAAAACAGCUACUUGGUAGCUAGGAACACGAGUAUGUGCACUGCAACAGACCAUCGAGUUUUGGGUCGGGUCUGAAAUAGGGUAGGAAAAAUCAAAUAUUGUGGUUUGAAAUAGCUUUCGAGUUGCAGGGAGCAUGCUGCACAAUCGAUAAAUGCCAUUUAGCGAUUGUGUGUAUUCUUGUAAAUUUUGCGCGAUCAUGACCUGCCAUGGAAAAUUCGACAUCAAGAAUUU